AUGGACGAUGCCGCGGUCCUAAGGAAGAAAGGUUACAUCAUGGGCAUCAAUCUUGGUAAGGGCUCAUAUGCAAAAGUCAAAUCUGCCUACUCUGAGCGCCUCAAGUUCAACGUGGCGGUCAAGAUCAUCGACCGCAAGAAGACACCCACCGACUUUGUGGAGAGAUUCCUUCCUCGGGAGAUGGACAUCCUGGCAACUGUCAACCACCGCUCCAUCAUCAAGACGUACGAGAUCUUUGAGACCUCUGAUGGCCGCAUCUACAUCGUCAUGGAGCUCGGGGUCCAGGGCGACCUCCUUGAGUUCAUCAAGUGUCGGGGAGCGCUGCAUGAGGACGUGGCUCGUAAGAUGUUCCGCCAGCUCUCCUCGGCUGUCAAGUACUGCCACGAUCUGGACGUUGUCCACAGAGAUCUCAAGUGCGAGAACCUCCUCCUCGACAAGGACUUCAACAUCAAGCUCUCUGACUUUGGCUUCUCCAAGCGCUGCCCGCGGGACGGCAGUGGCCGCAUCAUCCUCAGCAAGACCUUCUGUGGGUCGACGGCUUAUGCAGCGCCUGAGGUGCUGCAGGGCAUCCCCUACCAGCCCAAGGUGUAUGACAUCUGGAGCCUGGGCGUGAUCCUCUACAUCAUGGUCUGUGGCUCCAUGCCCUACAAUGACUCUGACAUCAAGAAGAUGCUGCGCAUCCAGAAGGAGCACCGCGUGGACUUCCCCCGCUCCAAGAACCUGACGGGUGAGUGCAAGGACCUCAUCUACCGAAUCCUGCAGCCGGACGUCAACCGGCGACUGCACAUUGACGAGAUUCUCAGCCACUCAUGGCUGCAGCCCCCCAAGCCCAAAGCCAUGUCUUCUGCCUCUUUCAAGAGGGAGGGUGAGGGCAAGUACCAGACCCAGUGCAAACUGGACACCCGGCCAGCCUCUCGCCCCGAGCACCAGCCCGAACACCUGCCUGACCACAAGCUGGGGGCCAAAACCCAGCACCGGCUGCUGGUGGUGCCUGAGAAUGAGGACAGGGUGGAGGACAGGCUGGCUGAGACCUCCAAGGCAAAAGAUCAUCAUGUCACCGGAGCCGAGGUGGGGAAAGCAAGCACCUAG